AAACACAACGCUUCAAUGGCCACUAACAGAAACAGAAACCCAAAUCACCACCACCACCACCCUUACGAAGACCACAACUUCGGUUCUCUAGUCUACGAGCAACGCCGUGAGCUCAUGGCCGCUGAAACCUUGGAGUCCGACCUCGACUUCGCCUUCCGUCUCCAACUUCAGGAAGCCCUAACCGCCUCCAUGGCCGCUCAACCCUCCUCUUCCUCCGCUGCAGUCCCCACGCUCGGACGUAUUCGUCCUCAGAACAAAGAGGCCGCACGAUUCGCUUCCCAUCAGUCGAAGGAACUCGCGCCAGUCGAACAGGAGAUCAAGGACUGGAACCAAAGCGCUAUCGAGAUGUUGAGGUUAAGGGAGGAUCUCAGCCGUCGGGUUCAUGAUCAGAUGGUCACCAGGAUUCCGAAUGACGAUUGGGGAGAUAUAUUUGCGAAACCGUUCGGCGAUGGAUCUUCAAAGAUUAAGGUUAGGUUUGAGAGUGAUGACGAGACUAGGUUUUUCGAUAGCCAGAGCGAGGACGAAGAAGAAUAUGAGGAUGAUGAGGAGGCCGUGUAUAGGGUUUAUUUUAAGGGUUUGUUGAGUGAGGAGAAUAGUGGGGUUCAGAAUAUGGUGAUGGCGGGGAUUGGGGUUGCGUUAUGCGACCCCAGGGAUAAUUUGCUAUUUGAGGUGAGGAAACCCCUAAUAGGGAAAGGUCUGAGUAAGCUUGGUGCGGAAGCUAAGGCCUUGAUUGAAGGUCUCAAUGCUGCUAUGACUUUGAACUUGAAAAGGAUCACUCUGUACUGCGACAAUUUUACUUUUCACCAAUUCGUUUCUGGUAGAUGGCCUGUAAAGCAGCGCAAGAUUGCUGUCCUUUUAGAUCAGGCGAAAGCCCUUGAAGGAAAGUUUGCCUAUUGCAAUUCAAAGUAUGUCCCACGUAAUGACAUUAAGUUUGCUUUUAAACUUGCAAAAGAUGCCAUACUGUCACAGAUCAACCGGACUGCUGAAUCUAGCCGAAGCUUAACUUUGUAUGAAACUUGUGUUAUUUGUAUGGAGGAUACAGAUGUAAGUCAGAUUUUUUCAGUUAAGAGUUGCCUUCACAGAUACUGCUUUCCAUGUAUGAAACAACAUGUGGAAGUGAAGUUGCGUGAAGCCCAAAUGCCUAAAUGCCCUCAUGAAGGCUGCAACAUUGAAAUUGAUAUUGACAGCUGCGAGAAUUUCUUGACGCCCAAACUUUUGGAGCUUAUGUGUCAGCGCGUAAAGGAAGCGGCAACUCCUGUUACAGAGAGGGUUUAUUGUCCUAAUCCAAGGUGCUCAUUUUUAAUGUCGAAAACUGAAGUUUUUGAGUAUACAAAGAAAGAACGCUUUAAUCCAUUAGGAGCUAGGAAGUGCUUGAAAUGCAGUAGUCUCUUCUGCAUUGACUGCAAGGUUCUUUGGCAUCAAAAUAUGACUUGUUUAACCUACAAAAGAUUGAAUCCUGAACCAAGCCUUGAGGAUGCAAAGCUUAAGGUUCUCGCAUCAAAGAAUCUUUGGCGCCAAUGUAGGAAGUGUAACCUUAUGAUAGAACUUGCUCAUGGUUGCUAUCACAUGACUUGCAGAUGCGGCUAUGAGUUUUGUUAUAAUUGUGGAGCCGAGUGGAGGAACAAGAAACCAACUUGUUCAUGCCCACUAUGGGCAGAGGAUAAUAUUUUGUAUGACGGGAAUGGACACCUUGGCCAGUUGGAAGAAGAGGAAGAUGAUUUUGAUGAUGAUGAUGAUGACUUCGAUGACUUUGAUCAAGAUUUUUACUGAUCAAAACCAUUCACUUGGGUUCUUAUUGAACAGUUAUUUCCCUGUAAUUACCACCCCAAUAAGUAAACUUUAUCUUCUUGA